AUGGACAUUACAAGAUCUCCAGGAUACCGAGAUUUCAUGUGGGCAGUUAAUCUGCAUCGUUUAGGUUUCAAAAUGGUGGGUUUGUGGCCUAAAUCCGGCAAACAUGCUAAGAAAAACUUGUUGUCAGAAAUUUGGGUCGGCAUUAUUUUCGUUUUGUUAAUAUUUGUUUCUAAUGUUCCGAUGAUAUGUGCAGUUAUAGAAGUUUGGGGCGAUAUGAUAUUUGUAAUAAAGAAUUUGCAGACAACGUUACCCAUACUUAUAGUAUCAGUGAAAUACGCUAUAAUACGACGGAAACAAACAGUUCUCUUGUCAAUUAUAAAUAUGAUGGAAGAAGAUUGGAUGGCAUUCAAGCUGGAUAGAGAAAGAGAUGUGAUGAUAAAACAAGCACGAACAGCGCGAUUAAUUAUGAUGAUUGAAUAUGUUUUCAUUAUAAUGGGGUUCCUCACAUUAAUUGUUCUUCCUUGUUUCGGCAUGCAAGUAAUAUACAUAACAAAUUCCACGGAUCGACGAAAAUUUUUACCGUUGGCAACGUACCAUUUCUACGACAUAAAUAAGAGUCCACAAUUUGAGUUGACAUUUUUCAUUCAUACCAUAACGUCCUUGUUAUUAGCUAUCAUUUACAUGUCCGUAGAUAUUCUUCUAGUACUAAUGAUUUUUCACAUUUGUGGUCAGUUAGAAAAUUUUAGAUGUCGAUUAAUUAAUUUAAUUUCAUGCAAAAACUUUAAUAAAGUUUUAAACAACAUUGUAGUCACCCAUCUACGUCUUAUCAGGUAUGACUUUUUUUUAUACCGUGCAAUGUGUGACCUUGAAUGGUACAAAUUAGAAUCAAGAAAGGCCAGAAGUCUUAUCUUGUUAAUGAUGCAAGCCAAACGUCCUUUUCGUAUUACUGCUGGAAAGAUUGUUCCAUUAACAAUGGCUACUUUUUGCAGUAUAUUAAAAUCAUCGCUCGGCUACAUAUCAAUUUUAGUGGCUGUAGAAAGUCAUAUUAAAAAUGCAAUAGUGUUAUUUCUCGUUUCGCAGUAG